AUGCGGCUCACGGCGGAGCUCAUCCACGAUUCCCUGUCCUACCUGAAUCCGCUCAAGGAGCGCGAGCUGGAUCUGCGAGGACAUAGAAUUCCUGCAAUCGAGAACCUUGGCGCUGCUGGGCCCCAUGAUUCCAUCGACUUUACGGACAAUGAUAUCCAGGUCCUGGGCAACUUCCCCCUCUCGCCGCGCAUAACCACCCUUCUGCUGGCGAGGAAUCGCGUCGCAAGCAUCCACGGGACGCUCCCUGCUGCGGUCCCGAAUCUGGCCAACUUGGUCUUGGCGUCCAACGAGCUGGAGGAGUUGGCAGACCUGGAUGUCCUGAGCAAGUUUGGGAGGCUGACGCAUUUGGUGUUGGCGGAUAAUCCCGUGACAAAGAACGAGCAUUACCGAUACUAUGUUUUAUGGCGGUGUCCGAGUGUUCGAUUCCUCGAUUAUGCAAAGGUCAAGGAGGCGGAGAGGGAGCAUGGCCGGGAGUUGUUUGGUACGGAAGAGGAGCCAACGGCGCUGGCGUUAGAGAUAAUGGGCAAAAGGUCCCAGACGCUUGGCGCCUCCUUCAAUGGAUCGGCAGCGCCCCGGUCCAAGCUGUCCAGGAUAAAGCUCACGGACGAAGAGAAGAGGCGGCUACAAGACAGGAUCAGAAAGGCAACCAGUUUGCAGGAGAUUGUUGCCUUGGAGAAGGAGUUGAACGAGGGCAGACUACCGGCUGGCAUUCACGCGGACGCCAUGGAAGAAUAG